GGUUCACACGCGCUCCGUUCGUUCAGUGACUCGAAAACACGUGCUCCGCGAACUAUUUUCCGGGAAAAUAAGAUCUAGUAUUUUGAUUACUGACAACACUAUAGUUUAACCCUUGAAGUGCUACGACUUUGAGUUUCAACAGGUUUAUUUUUUUUUUAUGAAAAAGAAGUGAUUUUUUAUUCUUUUUUUAAAUAACAAAUAGAGAAGUGAUUUUUAAAUGAAAUUAUAAAUGACAGGGUUGAACGUAAGAGUGGUUUUUAGUGAUGUUUUUGUUAAGGAACCACUGUGAAAUAGUGUUGUUGAUAAUGUUCGCGGGGAUUGUCAGAAAUGGAGACACAGAACACUCUACAGAAAAAGAGAUGAGACCAGAAUACAUCCAUCCAGACGGUCUAUCCGACUUCGACCCUUACUUAGCCGACUUCAAACCAGUAGAAGAAGAAGACGAUUAUAUUCCUCUACCAGAAAACGAUGAAACCAUUGACGGUCUCCCAAUAUUCCUUCUAGAGCCUAAAAACUCCUACGUUCUUAGAACAAGACCAGCUACGCUAAUUUGCAGAGCAGCAAAUGCUCUUCAAGUGUUCUUCAAAUGCAAUGGAGUAAGAAUAGAAAAGACUGUGCAGUUGGAACACGUGGAUCCUCAUAAUGGAGUGAGGGUAGUCGAAGCAGAACUGAACGUGACGAGGAACGAGGUGGAUGAGUACUUCGGAGGGACGUACGGGUGUGAGUGCUAUGCGUGGAAUAGCAAAGGCAGGAUACGGAGUCAGUCGGUGUUCAUUGAGUAUGCUUAUAUAAAGAAGCAGUUCACUCAGCAGCCUCAGUCAGCCACAGUGGAAGCGGGCAGAGGAGUCACCUUCAGAUGCGUGCCGCCAGCCGCCGCUCCACCAGCUACCAUCAGUUGGACUAGGAACGGAGUGGUCAUUGAGGCCACUGACGAAACGCUGGUCCUGCCAAAAGUUGGCUUGCAGGACAUGGCGAACUAUACGUGCGUGGCCGAGAACAUCGCAGGCCGGAGGGAGUCGGACGUGGCGGUGCUAGCUGUCUAUGUGAACGGUGGCUGGUCCUCCUGGUCGCCCUGGUCUCCUUGCCGUUGCGGGUCCCAAAGCAGCGGCCGGCGGCGCGCGCGCACGUGUACCGAGCCGGCGCCUGCCAAUGGCGGCGCGCCGUGCAGGGGACAGGCCACGCAGACUGACGACGAGUGUUUGAGGUGUCAGGGAGGUGGAGCCUGGUCCCAAUGGGGUGCGUGGUCCACUUGUGGAGAAGACUGCGUUAGAGUGAGACGGAGAGAGUGCGCGGGCGCUUGCUCUGGGUCCACAUUGCAACAUGCGUCCUGUGUUGACGGGCUAUGUGCUAAUGGACUAUACAAUAAUACCACCCUUUACAUUGGAAUUGGUAUUACGAUAGCCAUGUUGGCUGCUGGAGUAGCCAUCUUGUACGUUUGGUGCAAGUACAGGAAUUCUCGACCUGGCUACAUAGCAGCUAGGACAGGUAUGCCGAAGUCAUACUCCAGCAAUAAAAGCAACGCUGCACCAGACCUGACGAGAGCCUGUAAUGAGUAUUGGAUGCAGGGGCCUGACAAUCACUACGACAUGCCCCACGUGAGGGACAGUUACGCGUCUCCCUUCGGGCAGAGGAGUAGGCAGCAAUCUUCAGCUGGCAGCAACCAUUAUGAGAUGAAGCCUUACAGCCCAUCUGGGGAGUCAGCCUCCAGCUGUUAUACAAAUUCUCGAACAAUGACGUCACGCUCCAGUGAGUGUUCGUCACAACUAGCCGAGCUGAUGCCUGCGUCACCUUCGGUCUCGAAGGUGGACGUGGCUGUCACUCUGCCUACAGCACCGCUGGACACCAGCUACCGGGAUAAAAUCUGCUUGACCAUCGUUAAGUAGGGCCACAAAUGUUUUAUACUUUAUGCUUUAUGAGAUAGGGUCUAGGAUGGAAAAGCUUUUUGAACUCGGAAUGAAAUCGCGAUCAAACUCUUGCAACUUGCCUUCAAGGAGGAUAUUGUCAAUCUACUCAUGUAGUAUUUACCACGUGGACUUUUAUAUCCAUAUGUUUAUAGGAAUUUGAGUUUCAUUUGUUUGAUUUUUCCAAUCACUUUAUCCAUAGCUCUAAUGGCCUCCAGCUAUCGACACAAAAUCUGUUUGACUAUUUGUAAAAUAGAGUGUUCUUUGUUUUAUAAAAUUUUUUGUUUCAUUGGAUAGGAUUUUGGAUGGAAAAAUGUUGUUUGUUUUUUGACAGAUGAGUUUUUAGGUAAGAUUCCAUCCAAAGAUAUGUUUUUUUUGGUGGACCUACUAAAUCGCUUGACGAAAUAAAUCAUUGGGUAGUAUAAUAUUUUAGGUUCAGAACUUUAAAAGGUAUAGAAUUUGAGUUUGUAUUUUUAGAUAAUUUAUUGCAAUAGUCAACUUUGUAAAUAUUGAUUUCUGUUAAUUUAAGUUAGUUUUAGCAUUACUUUCUUAAUUUUUGUUUUGUAAAAUAUCUUU